CCUCCGUUCCGCUUUCUCAUCUCCCUCUUUACUCUCCAUCAUCUCUCUUCACAUCCUCUUUUUUCUUGACCUAAAACUAGUCUCUUCCCCAACAGCUGCCUCACUCUCAACCACUCUCUCCCGCCGCCCGCCUCUCCACCAUGGCUAUCGGCAAGAGGGGCAAAAAGGUCGGCGGCCUUCUGGCCAGCAGCGGCGUUCAGAAGCCACAAAAGGUCGCAAAGGCCGAUUGGUCCGAGGGCUUCAGGAAGAAGAAGUCGGCUGGUGUGCAGGAUAUGACUCUGCUCAGCACGAUCACCAACGAGGCCAUCAAUGACAACCUCAAGGCCCGAUUCCAUAACCAGGAGAUCUACACCUACAUUGCCCACGUCCUCAUUUCCGUCAAUCCCUUCCGCGAUUUGGGCAUCUACACCGAUGAGACGCUGCAGUCGUACCGCGGCAAGAACCGUCUCGAGAUGCCACCUCAUGUGUUCGCCAUCGCCGAGUCAGCUUACUACCGCAUGACAACCGAGAAGGAAAAUCAGUGUGUUAUCAUCUCGGGCGAGUCUGGCGCAGGUAAGACGGAGGCGGCCAAGCGCAUCAUGCAGUACAUUGCCGCCGUUAGUGGAACGAGUGACGGCUCGAGCGGCGGUAUCGAGGGCAUCAAGGAGAUGGUCCUCGCCACGAACCCCCUUCUCGAAUCAUUUGGGUGUGCAAAGACGCUGCGCAACGACAAUUCCAGUCGUCACGGGAAGUACCUCGAGAUUAUGUUUGACAGCUUGGGACAGCCGGUCGGCGCACAGAUCACAAACUACCUCUUGGAAAAGAACCGCGUCGUGGGCCAGAUCAAGAAUGAGCGUGACUUCCAUAUCUUCUAUCAGCUUACCAAGGCGGCGCCCCAGGACAUGAGGAACGACUUUGGCUUGCAGGGCCCAGAGGCAUAUGCAUACACAGCCAACAGCAAAUGUCUGAAUGUUGCGAGCAUCGACGACAGCAAAGACUUCUCCGAGACAGUGCGCGCGAUGGAUAUUAUCGGCUUGUCCAAGGACGAGCAGACAUCCAUCUUCCGCGUGCUCGCAACUAUUCUCUGGCUCGGCAACUGCGAGUUCGUUGAGGGCGAUGAUGGAAACGCGCGCAUCGCCGAUCCUGGUGUCACGGAUUUCGCUGCCUACCUGAUGAAUGUCGACGGGCCAGCCGUGCAGAAGGUGCUUCUUACGCGUAUCAUGGAGACGCAGCGUGGAGGUCGCCGAGGCUCUGUAUACGAGGUGCCCCAGAAUGUGGCGCAGGCCAACGCUGGACGUGACGCGCUCGCGAAGGCGCUGUACAACAACCUGUUUGAGUGGAUCGUGGGCCGCGUCAACGUUUCUAUGAAGCCCAAGACUGCUCACUCCUACGUUAUUGGCGUUCUUGACAUUUACGGCUUCGAAAUCUUCCAGGACAAUAGCUUCGAGCAGCUGUGCAUCAACUACGUCAACGAGAAGCUCCAACAGAUCUUCAUCGAGUUGACGCUCAAAGCUGAGCAGGAGGAGUAUGUUCGCGAGCAGAUCAAGUGGACGCCCAUCAAGUUCUUCGACAACGCUGUGGUGUGCGAAUUGAUUGAGGGCAAGCGUCCGGCUGGUAUCUUCGCGACUCUGAAUGACGCGACGGCGACUGCGCACGCGGACCCAGCGGCAGCGGACAACUCGUUCAUUCAGCGUUCCAACAUGCUCUCAUCCAACCCGAACUUUGAGUCGCGCGGCAACAAGUUCCUCAUCAAACAUUACGCUGGCGACGUGUUGUACAACGUCGCGGGGAUGACGGACAAGAACAAGGACCAGCUCGGCAAGGACAUCCUUGAGCUUAUCGAGCGCAGCGGCGACCCCUUCCUCCACACUCUUUUCCCCGACAAGGUCGACCAGGACUCGAAGCGCCGUCCGCCAACCGCUGGUGAUAAGAUCAAGCAAUCAGCCAACGAGCUCGUCACGAACUUGAUGCAGUGCCAGCCCCACUACAUCCGUACGAUCAAGCCGAAUCAGAACCGCUCGCCGACCGAGUACGAUGACAAGGCGAUUCUGCACCAGAUCAAGUACCUGGGUCUGCAAGAGAACAUCCGCGUCCGUCGUGCAGGAUUUGCGUACCGUGCCGAGUUCCAGAAGAUGGUAGAGCGUUUCUACCUCUUGUCGCCUGCGACAUCGUACGCUGGAGAUUACAUCUGGGAGGGCGACGCAAGAUCGGGCUGUGAGCGAAUUCUUACGGAUGCGCGCAUUGCCAAGGAUGAGUGGCAGAUGGGCGUGACCAAGGCGUUCAUCAAGAACCCCGAGACACUGUUCUACCUCGAAGGAGAGCGUGACCGCUAUUGGCACACCAUGGCACGGCGCAUCCAGCGCGCUUGGCGAGCGUACGUGCGCCGCAAGCACGAGGCUGCGACCAAGAUCCAGCGCUUCUGGCGGAGUCAGAAAGAGAAUCUCGUUUACGCGGAGAAGCGCGACUAUGGCCACCAGGUGCUCGCUGGGCGCAAGGAGCGGCGCCGCUUUUCGCUACUUGGCAUGCGCAAGUUCAUGGGCGACUACCUCGACGUUGGCGGCCGUUCGCCGCAGGGCGAGAUGUUGCGCAACGCGGCAGGUAUUUCAGGCGCCGAGACAGUUUCGUUCAGCUCGCGCGGAGAGAUUCUCGUAUCCAAGCUGGGCCGCUCGUCGAAGCUCAGCCCACGCUUCCUCAUCAUCACGGAUAAGGCGUUCUACAUUGUUGUCACCAUGUCCAAGGACGGUCAAGUCUCGACGAUGCUUGAGCGCAAGAUUCCUCUCAUCACGAUCAAGGGUAUCUCGAUGACGAACCUGCGCGACGACUUUAUUAUCCUCAACCUUCCGCCUGGCGGCGAGGAGGGUGACCCUGUGCUCACCUGCCCUCUGAAAACGGAAAUGACUUGUGUUAUUCUUACAGAGGUUGGUGGCGGCAUACCUGUCAAUAUCGGCCCCGUCAUCGAGUACUCGAAGAAGAAGGGUAAGAAGGCGCAGAUCAAGGCAGUCAAGGGGCAGGGCGAGCCGGUGUACAAGUCGCAUACCAUCACUGUUGGUCCUGGCGAGGCUCCCAACAGCGUGUCCAACCCCAUGCCGCCGCGCAAACCAAAGGCCAAGAAGGCAACCAAGGCAGCGCCAGCGGCCAUGGCUGGUCGCUCGCAGAAUCGCCCGCAGGCGCGUGCUCUUCCCGGGGCAUCCAAGCCAUCUGCGCCGCCAGUCAUCGCUGGCAUUGCGGCGGCUCCUGCUACUGCCAAGCCAGCGCCAGCCGCACCGCCCGCCCCUAAGGCUCCGACUGCGUUCGGCGCUCCCAAAGCCCCCGGUGCGUUUGGAGCGCCGAAGGCACCGGGCGCGUUCGGUGCUCCGAAGGCGCCUUCUCCUCCGACUGGUGGCGGCCGUGCUCCACCCCCGCCCCCACCGCCUCCUCCUCCCGCUGCGCCGGCCGCGCCGCCGAAGGAGCUUUACCGUGCCCUGUACAACUUUGCGGGCCAGGAGGGCGAAAUGAAUCUGACGAAGGGUGACGAGGUCGAGGUGAAACAGAAGGACGACAACGGGUGGUGGAUGGUGGUCAAGGGCGGGAAGGAAGGAUGGGCGCCGAGCAACUAUCUCAAGCUUAUCGAGCAGCCUGCUGCUCCUCCCGCACCUCCUCCCGCGCCAAGGCGACAGGCUCCCCCUCCUGCUCCAGCCGCUGCGGCCUCGAGUCUAGCAGCGCCCACAGCGAAGCAAGCGGCGCGUGGCUCGGUGGCAGCCGACGCGCUGGCGGCUAUGCUGAGUGGUCGAGCGGCUGCCAAUGGUGGAUCACCGCCUAACCGAUCCAGCGGCGGGUCGCCAUCGAGCACACCAGGUGGGUCUCGCCCAUCCAGCGGCCUGGGCGGCAGAGGUCCGCCUCCCGCGACGAAGCCCAAGCCCAUGGUUCCGCCCAAGCCGGGAGCUAAGCCAACUGGCCUCGGUGGUGGAGGUCGCCCGCCCGUGCCCGGCGCAUUCAAGGCGUCCGCGCCGAGCGGAGGUCCGACUCCAGGUCAGGUCAAGCAGCCCGGCGCAGCGGGCGGCCAGCUGGACCUUGCGGCGGCGCUCAUGAAGCGUGCACAGCAGGCGCGAGGGGAGUAAGUAUUAGACUGUACGAGUAGAAUGCUACGAAUGCAACGACGAGGACGCAGGGUGUGGCAGAUUGGGCGAAGGAUGUGAAUGUUUAUGGUGGC